UCAAUGUGACGUACUGAACAUUUUCCUUCUCUCUGUUUACUUGCGUUAUGAAGUUAUGAGGACAUUUUAGUUACGUAAUUGUGUUGAUUUUUUAUUGUUUACAGGUUUUAAACAUAUUAAUUUUUAAACAUUUAAUUUAUGAUACUUCAGCUACAAGAAGACCCAAGUAGUAGCCAUAUAGCCAGUUACACUUUGCUAACGAUGCUAUAUAGUUCUGGCUAGCUAUCUAUGUGUUAAUGAAGCAAAGCCACAGAAAUAGAAAAUGACUAUUUUUAACUACAAAGAUUUCGGAAGAAUAACCAGUAGAAAGGUUUUAUACAUCAUAGCACUCACAUCAGUGUUUUGGCUAUCUAUGAAUGUUCUGUUAUUGAUAGCAAACAAUGAAGCAGCAAGAUCGUCCUUAGAACAACUAGCUUUUACAUCAAAUGAACUUGUAGAUUCUCAUUAUAUGCGCCAUGUAAAUAUUCAGCCAUUAGCACCGGCUCAUAAACCGUUUGAUCUACCAUGGCUGAGAAAGGAAUUUUGGGAAAACAAACUGGUUAAUACUGUCAAAGAUAAAAUAUUAUUUAAACCUGGUUACAGAAUAGUUUAUGAUAAAAGUAAAGAAGUUAAUAAAAACCCUGCAAAAGGGGAAGGAGGUGAAGCUGCUUAUUUAGAUACAGAAGAAGAAAAAAAAUAUGCUGAAUCAAUAUUUAAAAAUCAUUCUUUUAAUUCAUUCUUGAGUGAUAAAAUUUCCCUUGAUAGAACUAUGAAGGAUGUUCGAGGUGAAAGUUGUGCCAACAAACAUAAAAGCUAUCCAAAAAAGCUACCAACAGCCAGUGUUGUUAUUUGUUUUCAUAAUGAAGCACUUAGUGUAUUACUUCGCACUGCACAUAGUGUAUUGAACAGAACACCACCAGAUCUUCUUGUAGAUAUUAUAUUAGUUGACGACAAAAGUGAAUAUGAAAAUCUUAAACAACCUCUAGAUGAUCACGUCAGAAAACUAUCAAAUAAGGUUAAAGUGGUACGCAAUAAAAAAAGAUCAGGUCUUAUAAAGUCUCGUUUAGCAGGAGCUGCUAGGGCUAUGGGCGAGGUACUAAUUUUUCUGGACUCACAUUGUGAAACAACACCUGGUUGGAUUGAACCUUUAUUGGCAAGAAUUUCUGAAAAAAGAUCAAACGUGGUUGUACCUGUUAUAGAAGUUUUAAAUGCUGACACUUUAGCGUAUCAAGCAGCACAAAAUCCUGAUCAACGAGGAGGUUUUAGUUGGGAUCUGUUUUAUAAGUGGAAACCUAUACCAAUGGAUGAACAACAUUUACGAAAAUCUCCAAUUGAUGUUAUAAGAACGCCUGCUAUGGCUGGAGGCUUGUUUGGCAUACAUAGACAAUACUUUUAUGAUGUUGGUUCUUAUGAUAAAGAAAUGGAUAUAUGGGGUGGCGAAAACCUGGAAAUGUCUUUUAGAAUUUGGAUGUGUGGAGGACGAAUAGACAUUAUCCCUUGUUCAAGAGUCGGCCAUAUUUUUCGAAAAUAUACAAGUCCGUACAAAUUUCCUGACGGAGUUGAGAAAACACUAGCUAAAAACUUGAACCGCUUAGCUGAAGUGUGGAUGGAUGAAUAUAAGGAAUUAUAUUAUCAGAAAAGACCGCAUGCUAGAGGUAUGGAGUAUGGUGACAUCAGCAGCCGUGUAGCAUUACGCAAAAAACUUGGUUGUAAAACUUUUCGAUGGUAUAUCGAUAAUGUGUAUCCUGAUGCUCAAAUGCCAGAUCUCUACCCACCAGGAAAAGGAGAGAUACGAAAUAUAGGCUCAAAAGUAUGUUUGGAUUCAAUGGGUGAAGUGAAAGGAAACGACCCAAAGCAUAAACUUGGUAUAUUUCCAUGCCACGGUCAAGGUGGAAACCAGUAUUUUCUUUUCACAAAGAAAGGCGAAAUAACAUUUGAUGAAGAAUACUGUCUCGAUUGUUCAGACUCGAGACCUGGUGCUAGUAUUGAGAUUUUAAAAUGUCACAAUUUUGGCGGGAAUCAAAAAUGGAUUCACGACAGGAGAAAUGGUGAAAUUCGCCACCAUCCAACACAACAAUGCAUCGAUCGAGGUGCAGAUGGUGUCGACCGCGCCCAUAUGAAUCCUUGUGACGGACGACCUUCUCAGAGAUGGCAAUUUGCUUCUUAUAAUUCUAGUAGCAUGAUAUUGCAGUGAUCGCUGCAUGUAACCAUGGUGAUAAUAAUAGCGGCGUAGUACACAACCAUGGCACCGUUGAAGAAAAUAUGGCUGCCUUGAGAAGAAGCAGUUUCAGUCAUAUGGUCAAGUGAAUUCGAAAUAACAACUUUGGAUUUUACCAAACAUGUGUACACUGUGUUGGUAUGAUUUACCAGUUUGAUCAAAUUGGGGUUAAAAACAUUUUGGUGCAGGGGUGUUGGGAAAUAGAAGAAAAGCGAAAUGAUUUUUUUAUGACAUACCUUUUUAAUGUGCUUUUUCACUCGUGAUGAGGACCUUCGUGUUUUUAUCCUUUUUUGGCUAUUUCUCCGUUUGAUAGAAUUUAGUGAAA